CCACAGGCCUUCGGUAGAAAGAGAGAGCACCUCCCUACAACUGCAGCAGGACAGUCUUCUGAGAGCUGUUGGAAAAUUACUUCAUAGAUGACGAUGGAAGACGAGCAUGCAGACAAUGGAGAGAGUCUAGCUCUUAAUGAACCAGGUGACAUGGAGGCCAAUCAAAGCUUUCACGGCAUGGACUUGAACCACUAUGCUACAAAGAAGAGUGCAGCUCAGAGCAUGCUCGAUGUCGCCUUGCUGAUGGCCAACUCGUCCCAGCUGAAAACCGUCCUCUAUGUGGGGCCUCAGUACUGUUUUUACAUCCCCCUCGUUGUCCUGCUGGCUCUGUCCAUCACAUUACAGGUCAUAGUGGGGCUGCUGCUCAUGUUCAUUGCAGUGAAGUAUAAUCUGAACGACAGGCGGAAACAUGCAAAGCUGGACAGGAUGAACGAUGUCGCCACAGUCUUCGUCUUCUUCACGGUCCUGAUCAACAUCUUCAUCACAGCUCUUGGAUUUCAGGAACAUAUUGUCAGUUCAUCACCCUCUCCAGUCCUGGCGAUACCAGAGCCUAAGCUGUCCCCUUUGCCCAUAAACCUGAAUGUGACAAUUUAGACCACACUUUGGACCAAAAUCUUUGAACCAUAUUCAAAGAUUAACAGACUUUUAUUGUACAAAUGUCAGUACAUACAGAGGAACAGAAAUACUGUUUUCUUUCACCAUCGAGAUGAAACACGGGUAUGUGUAAAAAAGAGUAAAAGACACAUGAAAUAGAAUGAUAAUAAAUAAAACCGUGGCAGUAGCAGACAGUUUAAGUGUUCAGAAUAAGUAUUUAUAAUAUUUCCAGUGCAGAGGGAGGUGGUGAUACAGUUCAGCAUCCUCACAGGGUGGCCGACCGGCUGGCAGGUGAAGCUGGUCCACAGGGUGGCCGACGGGCUGGCGGGUGAAGCUGGUCGACAGGGUGGCCGACGGGCUGGCGGGUGAAGCUGGUCCACAGGGUGGCCGACGGGCUGGCGGGUGAAGCUGGUCCACAGGGUGGCCGACCGGCUGGCGGGUGAAGCUGGUCCACAGGGUGAAGGGGCCCAGAUGCUGCAGGAUCUUGUCCCUGAAGGCCGGACGCUGAAGUGGGAGUGUGAGGGAUCCUCAGUCAUCCUAAUGGCUUUACGGGAGAGGCAGUGUGGAAAAUGUGAGGGAGGGCAGAGGGACACCAGUGACCUUGCUGGCUGCCUUCACUCUGCGUUGCAGGAGGCGAUGCAGGAAGUAGGAGUUGUUGUGUGAUAGCAUCUAUUUGGACCCUUGUAUGUUCCUGAUGGGAUGUUGUAGACCCACAGUAAACGAGGUAAAAACUUAUGAAGCAUAUUCUCAGCUAACAACUCCAACAAAGACUAAAAAACAAAACAAUUUAUUUAAAUAAAGGAUCACUGUCUUAUUUUUUUCUGGCAUGCCAACAAAUCUGCCUGCAGUGUCUUAUAAACUUUAUCUGCCAUGCUUCUCCUCACUGAACCUGUCUGUUACCAAAUGAACACAAUUUCUAUGUUUUCUUUACUAUCUAAGGUUGUUUUGUACAUAUUACAAUGCGUUAUAUGUUUUCAUUUUACAUGAUAAUACUAACUGAUUUAAAGUGUU